UUUCUAGGCCCAAUAAGUCAAUUUCAACUUUUUGACCCUUCAAUUGCCGGUCCUCCAAUAAAACCCAAUUACUCGAGUUAAAAUCGAAUAAAAAGCGUAGGUUAGAAACUCGCAAACGAGAAGUGAAUGUGUUGCACCGAACUGCGUGGCACAGACGGCGUGUUAUGUUACAAAUUCUGACACAAAAUGAGCAAAAUUAUCGGCGGAAUUGAAGGGGGUGCAACACAUUCCAACAUCAUCCUCCUGGACUCUUCCGGUACGGUGUUGGCGAGCGCUCCGGGCCCCGGAACCAACCACCACUUGACCGGAUCCGCGGAAUGCCAGAAACGCAUCGCCGAUAUGGUCAAUUCGGCCAAACUCAAAGCCAAAAUGGGCUUCCAUCAACCACUAGAUGCUUUGGGGUUGAGUUUGAGCGGCUGCGAGCAGGAGGACACCAACCAGGAGUUGUUGAAAGGCCUCCAGGAGUCCUACCCCAACUUGAGCAAAAGCUACUCCAUCGGGAGCGACACCCAUGGCUCCGUAGCCACCACCUCCAAUUGUGGAGGCAUCACUUGCAUCGCAGGUACCGGCUCCAACACCCUCCUCAUUAACCCCGACGGCACGAGCUUCCAAUGCGGGGGUUGGGGGAACCUCCUCGGUGACGAGGGCAGCGCCUGGAAAAUCGCACACAGAUCGAUAAAAUACUGUUUUGACGAUUUAGACAAUUUCAGCGAGCCCCCGUUUCCCACUGAAGUGAUUUGGGGGGCGGUUAAGGAGCAUUUCAAGAUCCAGACGCAACCCGAAAUUUUGGACUACUUCUAUACGAAUUUCGACAAGGCUUUUAUAGCUUCCCUGUGCAAAAAAAUCGCAGAAUUGGCCAAUAAUGGCGAUAAAUUGUCGCAGUAUGUGUUUGAGGAGGCGGGGAUGCACCUAGCGAGAGGUAUAGCAGCGGUGGUGUCAAAGGCGGCGCCGGAAUUGGUCGAGAGGGAGGGAGGAGUCCACAUUUUGUGUGUCGGUUCGGUUUGGUUAAGUUGGGAUCUGUUAAAACCGGGAUUUGUGACUUGGUUGAGGAAACACACUGAUAUAAGAACGAUGUCGCUGAUGAGACUGACCAAAAGUAUGGCUUUCGGGGCUUGCUACAUGGCGGCCGAUCAAGCCGGCUUGGAAAUCAAGAGGGAUUAUUCCCAAAACUAUACCGUGUUUUAUAAAUAUGACAGGAAAUCCGCCUUUUCGGACUAGUCAAUUGUAAUAUAGAAGAAUAAAGUCAAUUUUAAAUCGAACUCUCUUUGGUCAUGACCGCCAUGUUGGAUCCAAAAACGCGGGGAAUUUGAAAUUUGCUAAAAUAGGAUAUGAUUAAACGCAAAAACCAGGGAUGAGUGCCUUGAAAUUUUAACUGAGUUCGAUUUGUAUGAUUUUUUAAAUGUGUAUAAAGAUGUGUAUAUUUUUUAUUGUUUUGUUGCUGAUAUUUUAUUUUAUUCUUGCUUAGUUCCUCUAUGUACAUAUAGUUUUUAAUCAAAUAAAAAAGUCAGUGUUCGUA